UGCCUGGCAUUCAUUCUGUGUAUUUGAUAUUCCACUGAAGGCAAAAGCUGUACGUACUACGCUGAACAACACCGAGACCGAUACACAGCUAUACACAGCUAUACACAGCAGCAGCAGCAGCAGCAGCAGCGACAGAGAGCACAGCCAACACAGCCAACUGACUUGAGUUUUUAGUAGAAGAAAAUUUAUAAAGUGAACAAACAAGCAGCAGUACGACAGUGCACAAAAUAUAACCACGAGUAUAUUGAAGUUGAGGCCAGCAAUUAAAAACGCAAAUUUCGCGACAUUUUCCUACUGAAAAUAGAACUCCGUGUGAGAGAUUUCAUUUGAGUUGACCGUAAAUCUACAAAAACAAAAGCAAACAUGAGCGGAGACCGUCCGAAGCGUCCUCUGUCAGCGUAUAUGCUGUGGCUCAAUGAGAAUCGCGAAGCCAUCAAAAAGGAGAAUCCCGGCAGCAAGGUCACAGAUAUUGCCAAGCGAGGCGGAGAACUGUGGCGUGGAUUAAAAGACAAAACUGAAUGGGAACAGAAAGCCAUCAAAAUGAAGGAGGAAUACAAUAAGGCGGUGAAGGAGUACGAGGCAAAUGGUGGCACAGACUCCGGUGCGCCCAAGAAGCGAAAGAAGGUCGCCGCCAAGCCCGCCAAGAAGGUCAAGAAGAAAGAGUCCUCUGAGGAAGAUGAGGAGGAUGAGAGCGAGUAAAUAAUCUAAAGCAAAAUGCAAAUGGCGAUGUUUGCAUCAGUUUUAAAAUACAUUUUACUAAUGUAAUUUUUUAAGUGACAUAAAACAAAAUGAUAAAAAUUGAAGAGAAAAAAACAUAAAAGAAAACAAAAAAAAAUUUGUAAACCUUAAACCUUCAAAUAUGCACUAAACACAAACAACCACACCAACAACCAUAAUAUAAGUUACAACAUAAUUUCCAGUCAAACACAAAAAAUGAAAAAAAUGA